UUAUUAGCUCUCCCACAUAAACCUUGCGUUAUCCAAACUCAUUGAUCAAUUCAACAUGGCCACGCCAUUCAGACUAUCCCGUCUAGCUUCUCGCUACCCGAGAAUACCGACCAGCAUGCCCAUUUCCCGACUAACAAGCAUGCAAUCCUAUCACUCGGCAGCCCGUGCGUCCACUUUCGUUGCUGGUCGCAAAUAUCAAAAGACCCUCUUCGGUCUUAUGGCCGCCACUGGUGCAGUGGGUCUGUCAUAUUCCAUCCUGAGUACGGACAAGAUGACCACGGCUCAUUGUGAUGCAGUGAAUGAUGAUAAACAAAGAAAAUCGCAAGGUCCUAUUACAGACAGCGAUCCUAUGCGCCUACGCAUGGAAGCAUUCAUCAAGGACCUUCAAAAUCGCAUUGUGAAUGAGAUUCAGCAACUCGAUGGUCGUGGUGAAUUUACGCGCACCACUUGGGAACGUAAAGAGGGCGGUGAAGGUAUCACUUGCGUUUUGUCAGAAGGCAAGGUGUUUGAAAAAGCCGGUGUCGGUAUUUCCAUUGUGUAUGGACAACUUCCUAAGGCUGCUGUGGAGCAAAUGCGUCACGAUCGAGGCAAGGAUAUUGAAGCUGAAGGAUCCGUUCCCUUCUUUGCCGCUGGUAUCUCCUUGGUCAUGCACCCACACAACCCUAACGCACCCACUGUUCACAUGAAUUACCGAUACUUUGAAAUCGAGAACCCUGAUGGCACUCCCAAGCUUUCCUGGUUUGGCGGUGGUGCGGACUUGACCCCAUCCUAUCUCUAUGAAGAGGAUGCCGUUCAUUUCCAUCAAACGCUGAAGGAUGGUUGCGACAAAUUUAAUCCUAACUACUACAAGGAUUUCAAGCAAUGGUGUGAUAAGUACUUCUUUAUCAAGCAUAGAGGUGAAGCUCGAGGAAUUGGAGGUAUUUUCUUUGACGACUUGGAUGAUAAGAAUAAGGAGAACGUCUUCUCCUUCAUCAAAGAGAUGGGCAACCGUUUCUUGCCAAGCUAUGUUCCCAUCAUCGAAAAGCGCAAGAACAUGCGAUACACCGAUGAAAUGAAGGAAUGGCAACAAAUUCGACGUGGUCGAUAUGUAGAGUUCAACCUUGUUCAGGACAGAGGUACCAAGUUUGGUUUGAAUACGCCAGGCGCUAGAAUUGAAGCUAUUUUGAUGACUAUGCCUUUGACGGCACGUUGGGAAUACAUGCAUGAGCCAGCUCUCAAGAGCCGUGAAGCUGAUCUCAUUGAAGUUCUCAAGGUUCCUAGAGAUUGGAUCCCACUUGUUUAAAAAAAAACCACCUAUUGGUUUUUGAUAUUUCCCGUUGGUGAUCUUUGAUAGAUCUUAUAUUACAUAAAAAGUUCUUUUUAUAUUCGCUUGAUCAAUACAACAGCGAACAUCGUAUGAAAAUGUGUGCAGUCAAA